ACGAGUGGACCCUCUCCUGGUUUAAAGGUGAUUCCGAGAAAGUCCUCAGCUCUUUGAAGCUGGCUGGCAUCAGCACAGGCGGCUUAACAAACGCAAGCAGCAGGUUUACGGUCACCAACUCCAGGGACAGUGGCCUCACCGAAAGUCUGCAAUGUCAGGCGACUAGCAUCCGAGGAGAGUCCUUGACAGUCACCGUGCAUCUUCAGCCUUGUUCAGCUGAUACAGAGGAGAGCGGAGUAGGUCGACUGGUGGCAACAGCUGCAGCGAUUGGUGCAAUUAGUACGCUUGCAGUCGUGUUGAUUGUGAUUCUUGCUGUGCGAUGGAGGAAGCACAGGGCAGCACAGAUUGUACAGAGCUGUAGACUCACACAGCCACCUGUUGACAUGCAUGUUACCUCAUACGAGGACCCUCGUCCAUCCGAUGAAAGAAUUUCAGUUCAAGCUCUACACAACUACGAGGGCAGAAUUUCAUCAGACGUUGAACAUAAGUACGAGGACAAAAUUUCGCCGAGGUGUGAUGAACAGCAGGAUGAUGACAAUGCACUGCCGCAGCAUAAUGCACCAACAACGUCUGAGGACGACAACAAAUUAGUGACUACACAUCAAUACGAAGAGAGAAUUUCAUCUCAAGCUAAACACAAGUACGCAGGCAAGAUUUGUUCUCACGUUGAUAGGCGCGACUAUGAUGAUGACAACGUUUUACCGUGCGAGGAACCACGAGUGAUCUUCAGGGAGGAAGACAAUCUACCCUCAUGGGCUGAGGGAUGGAAGAUUCCAUGGAGCGACCUCACCGUUGAUGAUCGAAUACUCGGCAGAGGAAACUUUGGUGAGGUGCGAUCAGGAUCUGUGAGAAUUGACGGAGAGAGGACCAAGUCUGCAAUCAGGAGGCUCAAAGGUAACGCGUCAACCACCGAGAUAGAGGACUUCCUGGACGAAUUACGAACAAUGACUUCUAUUGGUCACCAUCCAAAUGUCGUUUCUCUUUUGGGCGCGUGCCAGCAUCAAGAUGUAUUGUACGUUGCCUUGGAGUAUCUUCCACACGGUGAUCUUCGCAGCUACCUACGGACAGCUCGGUCACAGUCAGACUCAGAUGAAGAUGCCUUGUCCUCAGAACAGCUGGUCAGAUUUGCCCUGAAUGUCGCCAAGGGAAUGGAGCACUUACAAAAUUUUGGGGUGAUCCACCGAGACUUAGCUGCCAGAAACACCCUUCUAGAUGAAGGGCUGAUUGCCAAGGUUUCUGAUUUUGGAUUGUCCAGAGGAGAGGACAUCUAUGUCCAGACAUCGGCGAGACGUGUUCCUGUCCGCUGGUUGGCCAUUGAGUCACUGAGAUACAAGGAGUACACCAGCAAGAGUGACGUGUGGUCGUUUGGAAUUGUUCUUUGGGAAAUAGCCACAUUAGGGGGUACCCCAUAUCCAAAGAUUCCAAGCGAGUCGCUCCAUGAGAAGCUGAAGAGGGGAUAUCGUAUGCCCAAACCGAGGAACUGUGAUGAAAGAAGCUACUCCCUGAUGCGCAUAUGCUGGGAAGAGGAUCCGAAAAACCGACCAACUUUUACUGACCUUGUCUCCACCCUCAGUGAGAUUAAUGACACUAAAAUCAAGCAUACCUAUUUGUCCUUUGACCGAUUGCAUUACGAGAACUUGAGUGAAAUCCAACCCCAGUUUGAUGACAACUGAGAGAACAACAUCAACAAAUUCCUCGUCCAUAUUUAUCGUCCAUGUUAAUAAGGAUAUUCCACAAAGGAUUAUUUGCAUUAAACGUAAUCUCAUGCAC